UGUGAGAGGUAACCUAAGAAUUUAUAAACAUAGUAACGUAACCUAUGAAAAAUAACGAUUUUGAUAGAAUUAAGCUGUUAAAUUGACGUACCGAAUGGAAACAAUACUUCGUGCUGUUCGGUUUUUCAAUUUUCACGAACAUCGGCAAUGAGAGAUCCUUUGUACUCUACAUCGUGUCACGACGAGUAAAAAUAAAAAUGAGCUAUAGAAAAAUGCACGACGAAGAACGAACGAGACGUUCAUCUGCUAAACGGAAAAGACACGAAGAUAUGAGAAGUAGGAGGAAUUCUGAUGGAGAGAGAUCCGAUCCACGGCGGGACGAGCGGUCGGAUUUUUCAUUUCAGAAAUAUCGCUACGAGCUGAGCAAAGUUUUCUCUGCAAAUCCUAACCUGGUGCAAGACCCAGAGGAUUUUUGGAAAUUUGUAGGCAAGUAUGAGGCGGUUGAGAAAAAACGUGGUAGUAUGGGAGCGGAGGACAAGUUGCUCAAUGAUUCGCAACAGUCGAGAGACCCGACCGUCUACCACAGGUCACACUGCUUAAAUGUCAGAGUGAAUUUAAGUUUGGGAGAACUGUGUGCACGAGUUCCACCUGCGAAAGAAUUAACAGACAGUAAAUUAUGCACAUUUCGAGACGUAAUCAAUCUCUAUCUAGACUUUAAACAGAAGGAGAAAUUUGCUAAGUUGAAAAAACUCAGGGAAAGUCAAGCCAAUCUGCCGGUCUAUCAAUACCGGGACGAGAUCGUCGAAGCUGUUAAAAAUGAGCGUGUUGUUAUCAUAGCUGGGGACACAGGAUGUGGAAAGUCUACUCAAGUUCCUCAGUACUUGUACAAAGGUGGAUUCGGAAGAAUCGCCUGUACUCAACCUCGCAGAAUAGCUUGCAUAUCGCUGGCUAAACGUGUCGCAUUUGAAACUUUGACUGAGAACCUUACAGAAGUUGGCUACCAGAUCAGGUUUGAAAAGCAGAGAAAUCAGGACACUAAGAUCACGUUUAUUACCGAGGGACUGCUGCUGCGCCAGGUAUCGGGUGAAAUGGGAUUAUCUCAUUACGACGUAAUCGUGCUCGACGAGGUGCACGAGAGACAUUUACAUGGUGACUUUUUGUUAGGAAUUAUGAAAUGUAUAAUACAUCAGAGACAGGAUUUAAAACUAGUGCUAAUGUCUGCUACAAUAAAUAUUCAACUGUUCAGUAAUUACUUUGCCAAAGAAAAUGUCAAGGUGAUCCAAGUUCCAGGUAGACUGUAUCCGAUACAGUUGAACUAUCGACCGAUAGCAGUAGACGAUUUGCGACAAAAAUCCGAUAGAUUCAAUCCAAGUCCGUACGUGCAAAUCAUGCAAAUGAUUGACAAGAAGUAUCCACAAGACGAAAAGGGCGAUUUACUCGUAUUCCUCAGCGGUAUGAGCGAGAUUACUGCAGUUGUUGAUUGCGCAAAGGAAUAUGCUUCUAAAACUAACAACUGGAUAGUGUUGCCUUUACACAGUACUUUGUCCAUAGCUGAACAAGACAAGGUGUUUGAUUACGCCCCAGAUGGGGUUCGUAAAUGCAUUGUCUCUACAAAUAUUGCUGAAACGUCAAUAACCAUUGACGGUAUCAGAUUUGUUGUGGACAGUGGAAAGGUGAAGGAAAUGAGCUAUGAUCCGAUCUGCAAAAUGCAACGGUUAAAAGAAUUUUGGAUCAGUAAAGCGAGCGCAGAGCAAAGAAAAGGAAGAGCUGGGAGAACGGGACCUGGUGUUUGCUACAGGCUUUAUUCUGAAGAGGAAUACACAGCGUUAGAGAAAUACUCGACUCCUGAACUUCAGCGAGUGCCUCUGGACUCCUUAUUAUUACAAAUGGUUGCCAUGGGACUACCAGAUUCGCGAAAAUUUCCGUUUAUAGAACCUCCACCGCCAGAGAGCAUUGAAAACUCGAUACUUUCAUUGAAAGAACACGGUGCUUUAACCGAUGAUGAAAAACUAACUGUGAUUGGCAAAACACUUUCGAGACUCCCAGUCGAUAUAACUAUAGGAAAAAUGUUGGUGAUGGGCUCACUAUUUCACCAAGUCGAACCUGUUUUAUCGCUCGCUGCUGCUCUCAGCAUUCAAAAUCCGUUCACAAACAGAGCAUACAGAGACACUGAGUGUGAGAACUCUAGGAAGAAACUAGAAUCUGACCAUGGGGAUCCUAUAACUUUAUUGAACGCGUACAAAGAAUGGCUGGAAGUAAAACAGGAAAGCAGUCGUGAAGUCAGAGGAAAUUCAAGUACGAGUAGAAAGUGGUGCAAACGACGAGGGCUGGAAGAACAAAGAUUUUAUGAAAUGACCAAGCUACGGACGCAAUUCAAGGAACUGCUUCAAGAUUGUGGGUUGCUAAAAAAUCUCCAGGAACCAAGCUCCUCGAUGACUAGCACAGAGCGGAUGCUGAGGCAUGGAGAAAUGAAGUUGCUGAAGACGCUUAAGCGUACUUACAAGCAAACGGCACCUAGAAAACGUAAAGAGUUGAAGUUAGACCUGUUUGAUAUACAAAUGGAAGACAAAGACGAUAAUGAUGGUGAGAUUGACAUAAAGGACGUAGAAUUUCGCAUGAGAAACGACUCGUCGCAGGUCCAGAACCUUCUUACUGCAGCAACUGCCUGCAGCUACAAAGACUUGAUGAUGCUAAAGUUAAUUUUGUGCAGCGGAUUGUAUCCCCAAUUCGCUUGCGCUGAUGAAUUUAACUAUUGUAAAUCUACCAGUGAGCAGCUAUUUCACACAAAAGCCAAGCCCUACAUCGCUCUCCACCCAAUGAGCUUUUUCGGGAACCAUCCACAAGUCUUGCAACUUGAAGAACCAGACAUCAUGUCAAUCCCAGCAUUCAAAUCAAAGUCUCCGCUCAGCCCGAAGCAUCAACUGCUAACCUACUUGUCACUCCUAGAAACAACCAAACCAUAUUUAGUAAAUACUAUGAGGAUGCCAGCUGCCCAAACGCUACUGCUUUUUGCGCAUGAAAUUGAUACCAAUUACACAUUUUCAAUUUUAGUCUGUGACUCGUGGCUAAAAUUAGAAUUUCCAAUGCCGGACAGCGGACAAACAUUAUUGAUGAAAGCCACUAAACUAAGACAGAAAUGGGACAUGCUUUUAACCCACAGAUUGGAAGAAGCCUCGCCGUCAAUCACUUCCAAAAAGGAUACUAGCCAAGUUGAGUACGAACUUAAUCAGGAGCUGAUACAGUUCAUGCAUACCACAGUACCCUACACUAUCAAACGCUUGUUGCCUGCCGAUUUGAAGAUAAUUUACGUUGGCUGUGGUGAAAAUUACGUUGAAGUAAAACCCAAUCCCUUUCAAAGUGACUUUGAGUGCGAAACGAAUUGUGGAAAAGGUGGCGUCCGGUUGACAAACAAUAUCACCUUCAACUGCCUCGUUGAGUCAGACUGGAGUGAUAAAUUAGCGGUAGAUAUGAUAGAAACUGAAUGGAACUGCGCAAACUGUGGCAUCACGACUCCAAUGACUAGCAUUGAGAAGUUGCAGCAUCAGAGUAAUUGCUUCGUAAUAAACGAGGAUGACCAUCAGGCUUCUAUUGAACCACCCACUGAGCAAAAACCAAACAGCAAACCCUACGAUUGUCCAGAGUGCAAAAAAACCAUUUAUCUCACGCCUAUAGAAAUAUUAAGACAUAAAAAACAACACUUGUAAUAUAGCAUGUAUCUAUUUCAUAUUUGCAAUAAAAGCCUGAAAAAAAUUUACCCGCACA